UUCUCACGCUGCUGGAGCGUCACGUGACGUCAACACUUUUUUUCCCUUUUUUUCAUUAAUUUGGCGGACAAACCCUGCACACGAAAUUUACUCAAAUGUAACACAUUAAUCUGGUAUUUCAAACUAUUAUUGAUACUCAUAUUUCGCGGAUUUUCGUGGCGAUGGCAAAUAUUCCAGCGGCAGAAAAAGCAGCGCGCAGCCCGAAGUGCGCGAGAUGUCGGAACCACGGAUUUAUCGUACAGUUAAAAGGCCAUUCGGGAAAAUGUCAGUUCAAGCAGUGUUUGUGCUGGAAGUGCUCUCUCAUCAACGAGCGGACGAGAAUCCUCGCGUCUCAAAGGCGGAUCAGAACCGAGUCAUCUGGUGCCGAGCGACCCGAGCAGACCGCUUUAUCCAGCGGAAAAACGGUCUCCGCCGGUAACAGUAAUUCAACUAACGGGGUAACGUUACCGUUAAACGGUGAAACCGACAACAGGGCAAGAAAGAAGAGAACUAUUGUUAAAGCGCCCGCUGACGAUACAACGUACACCGAGCUCCGUGCGCCUGUAAGCACGCACGGUCCCGUUAGCGCGGUUAACUGGGAGCCGAAGACACCGGCAGGACCGAGCGCGCAGGAUUGCGCCGUUGGAGAUGCACCAACUUUUCCUGGAGAAUACAUAAUUAAAGAGGCAGUUCCAGGGCAAAUUUAUCCAGCAGAAAUGUUCGCAAUGCCUCUUCCCUUGUACCAGCAUUACCCGGACAGAUACAUGUUCCCGGCCGUGCUGGUGACCCUCAGACCCCCUGCGCCAGGACCCUAUAGGGAACAUGUUGGAUUUGUUCCCUUGCCAGCAGGAGCACUGUCCCAUCCGUUGGAGACUCCUGAAUGGCAAAUCCAUGUUCCACAUUAUAGUCCAUACCCCACAUAUCCAGGGCUGAGAGAUGAUCCUUCCCAGCAUGCACAGAGUCACAUGGAUAGAGAGCAAGGAAGAUCUGAGCUUCCUCCUCAAGUCGCAAGAAUCCCAGAAAGUCAAGUUUGUGGUUUCCAGCAAACAGAUGCUGUGCCUGCUGACAGUCUUUCCUCAAAUAACACAGAUGAGACCAGAUGAGUCCUUCGGUUUUCAUGUCGACUGAUCUCACAUCUUUUGUACAAAGACAUUCAUUGUUUCCUUUUCAAAAACAG